GUAUCGAAGGUGCGUAUUCCACGCUCCACCACUUCGUCAUCCUGGCCGGGAGUAGCUGCCUCACAAUUGAUCGAAACAGCCAGGAACAGCAGCUACAGCCAUACCAGAAGACUGAAACACCGCUUCCGUCCAGCCGGCCCAGCAAGGUAGUCGAGGGGAAGAUGGCCAGCAACGGGGAGAUCUGGCUGCAGUGGUUCUCGUGCUGUUUCCAGCAGCAGCGCUCUCCCUCCCGCCGCCCACACCAACGCCUGCGCAUCGACCGGUCCAUGAUCGGCAAUCCCACGAACUUUGUCCACACGGGCCAUAUUGGAUCCGCGGACGUGGAGCUGUCGGCGAACCGCCUCAACGCGAUCUCAACCCAGAUGCAGGGCAAGGGCGGCUACGAGGCAAACUCGAUACAUUCGCUUCAUGCCUGCUGAUGGAAGACUACCCCAGCCACCUCGCAAUACCAGCUAUAAAAUGCAUUUCGUGCAAAAAAAAAAGUGGAGUGAAGCAGCAGAAGCAGAGAAACACAUUCUUUGUGGCGUGUUAUCAGGAAAAUGGAGGAAGGUGCUGACAGUGUCCGGACAA